CUUUCGCGUGAAUGGACCCAAGAUACAUCGCAAAAUGGAUCUGGCACAGUAUCCGGUACGGCCACGUGGCAGUCCCGAUGAUCCCCUUGCCGACCCCUACGACGAUCCGUCCUACAGCUUCAGUUUUCGGACACCUGAUCAGUCGCGUAGCGAGGAAAAUGAUGCAACGAAUAGGAUCCGAGGCCUUUAUUCCUACCUGGACGAUGUGGGGGAGCGACACAGUGUACGCUAUGCCGCUGGUGCAGGCACCGGGUUCGAGAUUUCUAAUGCCGUGCCAGAUAAUCCUUCCAGCGUGGGAUACUCCAAUCCUCUAUACAAGGCUCACCCAGCCACGCGCGGCAAGAUGUCUGUUCAGCGAGGACCAGCGGGGAGCUAUAAAUUGAUUGCAGCGGGGCCAGAUCACAGGAGAGCUGAGAGCCGCGGUACUGAUGGCCUGGUGCGCGGCACCUACUCUUUUCUCGAUGACAAGGGAGUGCAACGAACGGUGGAAUACAUAGCGGGUGCAGGCAUUGGCUAUCGGGUGGUAAAGAAUCGUGUGGGCCCCGGAACGCAUGUCAAUCCUUCGGUCGCCGAUUUUCGACUGACUGACACCGAUUUUCGUUUGGCGAAUGAUUUUGGUCGCGGCGCGGGUGGUGGACUCGCAGGUGGUGCUGGAGGAGGCAGCGCCUUUGGCGGCAGUGGCGGAGGCUCAGGACCGAGUGGUGGUGGAGGAGGAGGCCGAAUCGGUGGGAGUGGUAGCGGUAGUGGGCCAGGGGCGAGCAGAACACGUGGUGGUGGCGCUGGUGCUGGUGGUGGUGGUGGUGCCAGCAGAGGGAGUACAACGGACUACUUAAAGCCAGCUGAAACCACCAGAGAUGAGGCACCUAGUGAUGGGGAUGCAUUCCAAGAUGGUUUAGGAACAGUGGAUAACAGCAUAGGUGGUGGAGAUGACGAUAGUAAUUACGGUGGUGGUGGCGGUGGAGGAGUCGCUGCGGGCAGCGGACAACGUGGAAGAACGAGAUAUGAGGGCGGUGGAAGCGGUGGUAGUCGAGGUGGUGCUGAUGGCGGUGGCUAUGGCGGCACAAACGGCCGUGGAGGUCCCAAAAAUAGGCCUGGCACACGCACCGGAUCUGGAGCUAAUCGCAAUACCGUAAGUGGAACGCGAAAUCGCAAUCGAUACGGCGGAUCAGGUGGUACUCGAAGGGGUGGCGGUGGCGGUGGUGGUGACAGCAACGGUGCGGCCUCUGGAGAAAGUGAAUCAGGCUAUGGGUAUUUGCCACCCGCAGGUGGCACGGGGAGCGGUCCCGCCGACAAUUACAAUCUCAAUGAUGACGAUGUCGGUGGUUCAUUGCCACCACUUGUCACGGCCAACCAUCGCAUACUGGAGAUCGAUCGCGAUCGGGAAUGGGUGCAACGGCAUCGCGACUCCACGGUCAUCAAGAACGUGGGCAAAUGGUAUGUGGGUCUGCCCCCCGGCCACAGCGUGCGAGCCCAUGUCCAGAACAUUGACAUUGUUCCUCUAGGUGGCCGCAUCCUAUCGCCAUCGGAGGCCUUGCGGCAGGAUGAAAUUGCCGAGCUGGCUGCCUCCAGGGAGCACUAGCGGAGGCUCCACACCCCCCUACCCCCAGCAGCCGCAUACAGCAGCCUGUGAGCGUCUCUAGUGCCUAGUUGUAGUUGUAAGAGCUCAAAACUAUGUAAGAAACACAAUAAGAAGUAACUGGGUUGGCCUGCGGUCGACCCGUGGAAGCUGUAACUCUAACAGUAUUUAUACUAAACAAAUUUUAAACAUAAAUUUAACUGUAAUUGAAUAAUUAAAGAAAGAAGAUCAGCGAAGAAUGUA